UUCUCUGCCAAUUCACUCUCUCGCUCUCGGUGUGCCCUUUUCCGACUGGCCUCUCACUCUCCACCGCCGCCGCCUCCUCCUCCUCUGACAGAGUUGAUAUCGAGGGUGAUAAUGGCAACAGACUCUCUGUGAAUACGAAUACGAAGUCGAGGAUACUGAAAUUCUGGGAAAAGCCCUGAGUUUUCGCUAGGGUUUUUUUUGAAACACCCAAGGGAUUCUACUUGAAGUUUGGAAGAAUCCCGGAGCAAUAUAGUGAUGAUUGUAUUUAAUAGGUCCUGAGAUGCUCCGUUACCAUUGUUGGCUUGUCAAUCUUGACUUAAGAUCGUGUUUUGUAUGUCAAUGCUAGCUACUGAAGUUUUUGGUCACAUGUGAAGGUUUACUUUCUCAGAGUUGUCUGCUGCUUCAUUGCAUCAGCCGAAGUGUCGCAGAUAUGUCAUUAAGGUUCUCAUUUCUAAUUGAGGAUCUUCAACUGUCUAAGUAUUAUGAAAAAUGUGGGACAAGAGAGAAAACAACUGGAUGUGCAACAACCAGAAUUUGAAUUUUGAUUCUGUCAGUCAUCAGACCCCUUUUGUAAAGAACAUGAGAUCCCCACCUUCUAGUUCAAAUGGACAAUUUUUUGCUGAGGUAACAAAGAAAAGAAAAUCGACGGAUACGGAUGUAGGUCAUGAUGAUUUCUCUGCAAGAUUCUUGGGAAAUAUUGGAGGUAGAGUGGGGCAUCCACUGCAGAGAGAGUAUGCAUCACAGCAUAAUGUAGCUUUAACUCCACCACUGAAUUUCCAAAUGCUAUUUAAUCACAAUUCAGAACAGUCUAAUCCCAGCAAUCCUGAAUCUCAAUAUAGGGCCUUCCAGUUUUAUAAUACUGGCAGUUCGACAUCAGAAACAAAAGAGGAGAAUAGCAAAAAAGAUUCAUUAAGUGGCUUGCAAUCCUUUCCAGUCCACACUCUUCAUGAAAUUUGUAAAAAUGAAGAUUCUAAACAGCUUGUUUCUGGUAAUACUAUCCAAUAUGAACCGAGCAAAUUCCCAUCAUAUUAUAGGCACUGUAGCGGUCUAACAGAAAUGUCUCAGGUUGCUUCUAGGUUAGAUAGUGAUGAACAUAAUAGGAUUCUAUCCAAUCCAUAUCUGUAUCCAUUGAGAACACCUUUGAAUAAUAUGACAACUUGUUCGUCUAGUUUGAUGGUGGUUAAUGAGAAUUUUCAUUCUGAUAUGGGAGAUGGGCACAAGUUCUGUAAAAGUGGGCCGUUUGCUAUUUCAGUCGGCGAAACACAGCCUGUACGAGCACCUGCGCUCAGUGAAGGGAGGGUAGCUUAUGAGAGUUAUCAAAACUAUGAUACUUUGAUAAGAUCUGAAAGUUCUUAUAACCAUGACGACUUGCGUUCUGACUUGAAUCAUAAGGAAAAGAUGGAUCAUAAGGAAAAGAUGGAUCCACCGAAAUCUCUAUUGCCAGUGCAUGCUGAAUCUUCUUCUAAGGAGAGAUGGCCGGAUCAUGUUGGUUUUGAAGAAAAUCUUUACCAGCAGGAUGCAAAGUCAACUUCUAAAAAUACAUGUCACCAAUCUGGGGAGGAAAGCUUGCUUAUAAGUAUUGAUGGUCUUGCAAACAGAUUAGUAGAGCCUAAUGAUAGGCAGCUGAUAAAUUUGGAAGAACUUAAUCAGUCAGUUUCUGAGAAAACGUCACCAUUGAUAGUAGAGAAGCUCUGGGAUGGGUCCCUUCAGCUAAACACUUCAACAACAGUGUCUGCAGUUGCGUUCUUCAAAAGGUCACUUAACUUUCCCCACAAUCUAAUAAUCUAUUUUUGUUCCGUUCAGUUAUUAACUUGCAGCAUCUCCUUCUAGGCGAAUAUCUUCAUUAAGAAAUUCAGUUAUAAAUUGUCGAUGUUAUAUUGGUCUUACAAGUUUCCUUCACGUAUGCUCUUAAACCAGCUAACAAAGCAGAAUAAGAAGAAAUAAUUCUAUUACUCAGGGGGCAAUAUAAAAUAGUACAAACAAAUAAAUAAAUGUGUAUGUUUUAUCUCCAAUAACCUCCUUAGUCAGUCUUACAAUUCACAAAUACUUUGCGAGCCUAGUGUACACAGUAGGAAUGCAACUACAUGCACAUAGAUAUUUAACCACUUCAGACACAGGGGCAUAUAUUCCUUGUAGCACAAGAUUUAUGUUAUUAAUUAAGCUUAGCUCAUGCAGUAUUACCAUUUCUUCCUAAGUGGGGGGUCAUGGGUUUAAACCUCCCAUCGGGGUUUAGGAUUAAAAUACAGGAGUGCUGCUGAUGCAUUCAUCAUACAACUCAAGUCCAUGACAUACUACUAACAUUGUGGAGGCUCAUUCUGAUCCCUUUGCAUAACAAGAGUUUUUUCCCCUUUACGAGCUUCUUUCCUUCACUUUGAGGUAUUUUUUCGCUUCACGAGAGUUUCCAUGAUGCAGUAUUAUAUGUCUUUCUCCAAACAAAGGAAAAAGGGGAAUAAAUUUUGAGGAUCGAAGGAGCACGCAAUAUUUUGUAAAGAACAGUGAAUUCAGUUACAAGAAAGCCACUUGAUUAGUUGAUUAUAGUAGUGCGAGUAACAAGUAGCAAUAAUUCAGUUACAAGAAGGCAACUUGAUUAUAGUAUGUCUUUUGCAAAUAUCAACUGGAAUAUGAGGGUAUGGAAACAAAUUUAAUAGUGUAAAACCUUUUAUGGAAAGUUUAUGUUUGUUGGCUCUCUUUCUUCUACUAUGAUUAAGAACUUAAGUGAAGUAAUAGACCUUUCACAAUAUGAAGUCACAGUUUUGAAGGAAGGAGAAGAAGAAAAGUGAGCUAUUAUUGGUUUCAACAAGCAUGAAGAACAUUAAUAAUUCUGAAAGUAUAAAUGCAGUAACCUAAUGCUCUGAGUUGCCUCUCAGACCACAUGAACAUUGUUGAGAAUGUUAAGAAAAAUGGACCUACUCAAAUAUUAUGCCAUCAAGUAGGAAAUAAAGUGCUUGAUGCUUCCUUCUGAAAGGAAAACC